AUGUUCCCUAUGCUAACUCGGUUCUUGAACUCUGGUCAACAAACAAUACGAGCUGCCAGGUACAUUGGUCAAGGUUUCGUGAUUACCUUGUCCCAUGCAAAUCGUUUACCUGUAACUAUUCAAUACCCCUACGAAAAAUUGAUUACAUCAGAACGUUUCCGAGGCCGAAUCCACUUUGAAUUUGAUAAAUGCAUUGCUUGUGAAGUAUGUGUUCGUGUAUGUCCUAUAGAUUUACCCGUUGUAGAUUGGAAAUUGCAAAUGGAUAUUCGAAAGAAACGAUUACUUAAUUACAGUAUUGAUUUUGGAAUUUGUAUAUUUUGUGGUAAUUGUGUUGAGUAUUGUCCAACAAAUUGUUUAUCAAUGUCCGAAGAAUAUGAGCUUUCUACUUAUAAUCGUCAUGAAUUGAAUUAUAAUCAAAUUGCUUUAGGUCGGUUACCGGUCUCAAUAAUUGAAGAUUACACAAUUCGAACAAUUUCUUCGAAUUUACCUCAACUCAACAAUGUAUAA